AAUAGAUUAAGACAAGAAUUAUCGCUAAUAGAAAAAGAUCCACCACCAGGUAUUCAAGCAUGGCCUAUAGAAAAUCGAAUAAAUAGUUUAGAAGCAAUAAUAGUAGGACCACAGGAAACACCUUAUGACAAUGGAAUAUUUAAAUUGGAAAUUUCUCUUCCCAAUAGAUAUCCUCUUGAACCACCACAAAUCAAAUUUACAACACCAAUUUAUCAUCCAAACAUAGAUUCAAAUGGUAGAAUUUGUUUAGAUAUUCUAAAUAUGCCACCCAAAGGCGAAUGGAAACCAUCAUUAAAUCUUUCAACUGUGUUAACUUCUAUAAGGUUAUUAAUGUCAACACCAAAUCCAUAUGAUCCGCUAAUGAAUGAUAUUAAUGAGGUUUUUAAAAAUAAUUAUAAUCAAUUUUUCAAAACAGCAAAACAAUGGACAACAAGACAUGCUACAGAUCAAUCAAAUAAGGAUGAUGAUGAU